GUCCGGCUGCAAUUUAGUCCCUGUCCAUGAUUUUACUAAGACCCAAUCUCCCGGUCGAAUCGGAUGAACAGCGAAUUCAAGGGGUGGAGUCUGUGCUAAUAAAGCCUGUUUCCUGAGGAAAGACAAAGAGGAGGACAAGCCCAGUAUAUACUUCUUUAAGAACAAAUCUUUAGUUACUGGGAUUGGCAGUGGCCAGAUAUAGGAACUUCCCGAGAACCUGGGACAGCAGGUAUUAGGGAAUAAACCACCGCUUCCUGUGGAUUCAGAGCUGCUUCUUUCGUUACCUCAUCAGCCAUGAUGGAUGUUCUGACCGUUGCAAAUAAUUGCUUUGCGCUUGACCUCUGCCUGAAGCUCUGUGAAAAGAAGAGAACUGAGAAUGUUUUUUUUUCCCCAUUAAGUAUAUCAACGGCUCUGGCUAUGGUGUUCCUUGGUGCUAAAGGCAGCACGAACCAGCAGAUGGCUAAGGUGCUGCAUUUUGGUGAUGUUGGAGAUGUUCACGCUGGAUUCCAGAAAUUGCAGGCGGAUAUGAAGAAUCUUGGCGGUGCUUGUCUUCUGAAGGUGGCAAAUGGCCUGUACAGAGAUAAAAGCAUCAACUUGCACCAUGAGUAUCUCGAAUCCAUGUCAAAGUUCUUUCAGGCAGAACUCACUGCUGUUGAUUUUGCUGAACAAUCAGAGGAGGCCAGAGUCCACAUCAAUGCCUGGGUGGAGGGGCAGACAGAAGGUAAGAUCCAGGACUUGUUAGCUCAAGGCACACUCGAUGCAAAUUCAAAGCUUGUACUUGCGAAUGCCAUCUACUUUAAAGGCAAUUGGGAGAAGAAAUUUGAUGAAGAUAAUACCAAGGAAAUGCCAUUCAGUGUCACCGAGAAUGAAUCUAAACUAGUGAAAAUGAUGUGUCAGACGGGAAUAUUUAACACAGCAUACAUUGAGGAGGUUGCAACGAAUAUCCUGGAGCUGCCUUACCUUCAGGAGGAGCUGAGUAUGAUCAUCCUGUUACCUGAUGAAAUCAGCGGAUUAGAAAAGCUGCUGAAGAGUUUGACGUAUGACAAUCUAUCGAAAUGGACCAAUGAGGAAAACCUGGAUCCUUCAGAAACACUUGUCCACCUGCCCAGAUUCAAGCUGGAAGGAAGCUAUGACCUGAGGGCCACGCUUUCUGCCAUGGGAAUGCCGGAGGCCUUCGAUGGGACAAGCGCCAAUUUCUCGGGAAUGACAGGGACAUGUGCCCUGUCUUUGUCCAAUGUCGUUCACAAGUCCUUUGUAGAAGUGAAUGAAGAAGGGAGUGAAGCAGCAGCCAGCACAGAGGCCACCAUGUCGUUUCGAUGUUUCAGCUCUGUUGAUGAAUUUAUAGCAGAUCAUCCUUUCCUCUUUUACAUCAGGCACAAUAAAACUCAAAGCACCUUAUUUUUGGGCCAGUUCUCAUCGCCGUAGCCAGAAUUUUUACAUGUCCCCCUAGAAAACAUCCAAUACUCAAAACUACUUGCUGUAAUGUUCCACGCACCGAAGUCUGUGUUAAUAUCAGAUCUUACAUCAUUUAUAAACAAGUUCAUUUACAGUGGCUGAUAAAUAUGUUAUUUCAGUUUGCUAUUAAAUUGCACAUAAUCUUACUCAGCUUGUUUGAUAGGAGUUGGGACAUCAUGAUGCAGCCUAUAAGGGUGGUAGAGGCAGAAAUAUUCAUAACCUUUAGAAGUGUUUAGAUGUGCUGUUACAAUGCCAAAGCAUACAAGGCUACGGAGAUUAGUGAGGAUGGCAGAUGCUGGAAAAUCAGAUUCGAUAAA